CCUUUCCCGUAGUGACGCAGGCGGAAGUGAAAGGAGUGUUUUGUCGGAGCUGCGGUGACAUGAGCGCCUCCAGCUUGAACUCCGUCCUGCUGGACAUUUCCAACCAGCUUCAUGAGGACAACCUGGAGAAGCUGAAGUUCCUGCUCAGAGAUGUGAUCAAGAAGCAGAAGAUGGAGAAGAUCCACAGCGGACACCAGCUGUUCGAGGCUAUGGCGGAAAGAGGCCAGCUGGGCAGCGACAGGACGGACUUCCUGUCCAACCUUCUGAAGGAGAUUCACCGAGAAGAUCUGUCCGAGCAGCUGGACAGGCUGAAGGUCCGGACUGAGGUUCCCAGCGGCGGCCUCACUGACUCAGACAGAGCUAAACUGGACGCCGCCACGCAGGUGAUCAGCCAGAAUCUGGGCAAGAACUGGCGCAAACUUGGACGCAAACUUGGACUGAGUGAGGCGAAGCUGGAGUCCAUCGCACUGCGGCAUCCCACCGACCUGGAGGAGACGGCCAUGGAGCUGCUGAAGGAGUGGAGGAAGAGCGGAGUAGCCGGGGCGCCCACGGACGAGCUGCUGGCGGCUCUGAGGGGCGUUCAGCUCAACCUGACGGCCGACAAGAUACAAGAUAAACUGAGACAGGAGGGGCUGAUGGCAGCCGACUAGAGGCGGAGGACGGGGCCGACCCGGCCGCUUUUUAAAAACAUCUUAUCAGAUGAUGAGCAACUUUUGAUUUACAGAAAGGAUCCUGGAACCAUGAUGCAGAUGAUUGGGACUGAUUCAGAGGCAGAGAGGUUAGCAUGAUGGCGGUCCGCCUCCCUCUGAGGUCACAUGCUGUCGCUUUCAAAUCCAAUCAGAAAAAGUUAUUUUCAUGAUUCAUGCUGAUAAUAAAGAUUUGCUGGACCUCCUCUGAACCCAACAGGCUA